AUGGUAGCUCCGUCACUUUUGUCACCGGCGUUCACUGCCACCGUUCGCCUUCCGACGUCUCACGACUAUCUCUCCGUCUCCGCCACUAAACCAAUGGUGCUCAAAUCUCGUAUCGUCUCACAACAUCUCGCGCUCAUCUCCUCUCAACCUCGCAUCAAACGCGCGAGCUGAAGAAGAGAUUCUACGAUGACGAUUCGUUGCAAAGCAGGCGUAAAAUCCGCAGAUUCCGAUCCUUCGUCGUCUCCGUCAUCUGAGGAGGAGGUCGAAGCUGAAGCGAAGGCGAGCGUAGGAUCAUCUAGGGUUAAGGUAACGGCGCCGUUGAAGGUUUAUCAUCUAAACCGCGUCCCUGAGGUUGAUUUGGAAGGUACACUGAAAGAUUACGUCGCCGUGUGGAAAGGGAAACGAAUAUCAGCUAAUCUUGAGUUCUUUAAAGAGGUUGAAGGUCGUGGUCUUGUCAAGUUCGUCUCUCAUCUCAAGGAAGACGAGUUUGAGUUCGAGUUCCUUGAUGAUGAUGGAACAACAAUAAAGGCUAUUUCUUUUUCUCUUUUAAAGAGAUGUAUGUAUACUUCUAGCCAUCAUAUACAUAAUAGUGCUGUUCAUUUGGUUGCCCUCUGAGCUCGAUCAUAAUAGUGCUGCAUUGGCGUCUGCGUCUGCAAAACGAACAACAACCAAACAAAAACAAACAGACGCAGCUGCAAACGCAUGCCAAACGAACAGAACAGCACUAGUAACCUCCAUUUGUUACUAUUAAUUCAUCGAUUGCCUUAGUCCCGUUAAUGAGUUCUCACUGUUAGUGAUAGAUACAUGUAUAGGAGACUCUUUGAGGAUUUAGAAGAAACGAAAAGUUUUGAUCUUGAUAAAAGAUUCUUGGUUCAUAACGAGAAUGCAAGCUGUGUUUGUUUUAAACCUCUUCCAUGUCAAGGCCAAGUUUUAACAAUGGGGGAGUUUACUAGAUUUGGAGCCUGCAAAAACUCUUUCAUGUGACUUUGUGAUUGCGAAACUUUGUUCUCUCUGUUGGAUUCAGGUGUCUUUUUAGCAUUUGAGUGUUUUGUUUCUAAUGUUUGUAGAAGACAGGUCAGCCACGUGAUCGUGGUGCUGGUCAUUAAUGAUAUUUAAUCCUGCUGCGUAUUGUGGUUGCAUUUGAUCUUCUAGUGAAAUUUGUGGACAAAUGCAAUCUAUCUACAUUGUUCUUGAGUAUGUCGUCAUCAAUCGCGUUUGAUCUUGGAGAUGAUCGAUAUUUGUUAGUCUUCGAAACCUCAUGGAUUCUCAGAUAAACGUCUGAAACAUGUUUAUCCUUCAAAUAACCAUCCAUUAGUUAUCCAAACCAUUUCAGAUUCCAAAUCAUAACCAGUAAAAAUGUGUGAUCGAUAGUGUAGGAGGAGAAGCUAUCAACACCAAAAUAAAUAUUCUACCUACACUAAUGUUAACAUCCCGACUGUUUCCGUUCGUGAGUCCCACUCUUGGUAUGCAAAAGACUUGUACGAAAACAAUAUAGUUUAGGUAGAGAGCAUCGUCACAUAUCGUUAGGUAGACAAACUUCAUCAUCGAAUUUUCUAAUAAUUAAUUAUAUCAUGACUUUGUCGUUAAUUAUUAUCCAAUGGAGAAAAAAAAACUUAGUAUCUAAUACAUUACGUUGAAUUUGCCAGAAAUGUUAUUGUUGCUCUCGACUCUAACGUUUUAACUACAUCCAUGUAACACGUCUUCCAACCUCCUAACACAUUCAACGUUUAUUUAAAAUUGGAGUGGAUGGAGAUUCGAGGUUCAAAACAUUAUAACUAUAUUAAAAUAUGAAAAGAAUUAUUGGAUUGCAAAACUCAGAUUUAGUGACAGCACAUCUAGGCCAUGCCAGGGUAUACCAUGGUGGCAAUGAUUGAUUUUAACUUUUUAAUGAUCAAGAGUGCACUUUGAAAAGCAGGCAUAAUUAUAUUAGAAGGGACAUGUAAUUUAAAGUCAAAACGCUUAUAUCCGUAAUUUUAGGUUUAUGUUUCAAAUUUUGAGUAAUCAUUCUAUAUUUUUCAGUGGUAGUGUGAUAUUGAAUCGAUCGAAAGGGAUUUGAACUGCUGGUGUUAUAAUUACGUGAAGUUGCUAAAGAGAACAUAUAGUGAAAAGUAAGUUAUAUUAUACUAGAAUGGAUAUAUAUAGCUAAUAGUUUGUGGUGCUUGCUCAAUAUUCGUUUUCACCUGAGUUCAUUACUUGCAUAAUAUAUUGCGAGAUCAAAGUUAUAUCACUUAGGAACCCUUAGGAAUAACUCUUGUUAGAUCUAUCAAUAUUCAUGUUUUUUAUAAACAUGGAAUUUCCAGUCCUUGUACUUAUAAUCUUUCACAAAUCCUAAGUCAGCUUAUAUAUAUUGAUUAAAAAAAACUUUCGGAUAAUAAAAAAAAUUGCUUAAAAGAAUUUGAACUAUUUCACAAUUUCUAUGUGUCAUCUUUGCAGAGGAACCAUGCUAAUCUAAAUUUAAAUUUAGGACACCAAAAAAAACGAAUCUCCUUAUACUACCACUAAGUUACCAACAUUUAAGUAUAUCAAUAUUCAUUUAUCAGUCAAUAUUCUUGUUUUGAAUAUAGUUUGAGCAAAUAUCUUAAUAAUUGUUUGCAAAAUUUCAUGGUUAAUCUUAACAUGUUUACCAAAAAAUGCAUGGUUAAUAGUCAUUUGGAAGCUAAUAAACGUGUUUCAAUCAUCUUCCACAUCAAAAACAUUUCUUAUACAUAGUGACUAGGUGAUAACCCGCGCCUUGCGCGGAAUAAAAUUAUUAAUUUUAAUAUUUAUAAGUUAAGAAGAUAUUAGAUCUGUUUAGUGUGGACAUCGAUUUGAUUUUAGGUUGGAUUUUUUUAGAUUUAACUCUUUUAAAAUAUAACAACCAUUCGGAAGCUGUAUUUAUUUGGGUUUGUUCGAUUAAACUGAUUUUCGUUUUUCUUUCUUCCGGUGAUAGAUUGCAGUUGGAAUAUAUAUCGAUUAUAGCAAACUUUAUGUAAAAAACUUGAUAUCUUACCUGAUACAAUCAGUUAGAUUUAAUGUGAUCAUCUUCAUUUUUUAAAUAAAUAUAUAAUAAAUAUCUUAAGCAAUCAUUAAUUGAAAGAUACAUCAUUCUUCUAUAGAAUUCGGUGUAGAUAAUCCUCCAUCGAAAAUUCAUAGACUUCAGUAUAUGAGUGUUUCAAACUUAUUAUAUUAUCAAUGGCUAAUAAAUAAGGGCGACAUACUAUAAGUUAUAAAAAAUAGAAAAUUCAAAGUUUUUAUUAACUGAUCAGAAAAAUUCACCAGCAUCAUCGUAAAUAUUGUCAAAAAUUUAAAAUAAUUUUGAUUAUUAUUUAAGUCAACCUCGGAGUGGUAUUGCCAGCUUUUGUAUCUUUUAGUGUGACCAUGUUGACAUUAACAACCAUAAUAAACGUUAGCAUGACCUUCUUUCUCAUUAUGUUAAAAAGACUUACCGGGUUGAUGGGUCACUGGGUCGACCGCGGGUGAAUCUUGGGUUAAUAAAUAAAUUAAUUUUAUUAUAUAAUAAUAUAUUUGCUAUAAAAAUAAAAAUAGAAAAACUAAAGUUUAAUAUUUUCUAAAUAUUUUUUUAAACAUAAAAUAAUAGUUUGGAUAUGUAUAUAUUUUAUGUUUAAAAAUAUUUAGAAAAUACUUAACUUUAGUUUUUCUAUUUUUAUUUUCAUUUUACAUACAAAAUAUCAAAAAAU